AUGGGAUUGAACAUGCGUAUUAGUUUAUUCAUGCGACGCUUCUGUUGCAAUCAAGUAGCUUUCUUGACUUCACUUUCCCGCACUUCGACUGAGGCUCCUACUUGUCGUAUACUUUCCACUAAGGCUAAACCUUCUAUCGAUGUCAUUUCAAAUUUACCAGAUACUUCUACUGAAAGCAGCCAAACUAUCUCUAUUGACAGAAGCAAUAACAGUGACCGAAGCUUGAAUCGUAAACCAAAAGGGAAUGAAACAAUGCGAAUAGAUCACAUGACUGACAAAAGUAGUGUGUCCAGACUGCAGGAAGACUCAUUUUCCGAUUGCUUCGGAAAAAAUAAUCCUGAAGUGAAUAUGGAAAAAAUGACCCAAAUGGCCGCUGAGCAGCUACGAUGUGCUCUUCAAUCAUGGUCAGUGGAAGAAAAAGCCAAAGCUGCUGCCACAAUUAGUGGAAGUAAGGAAUUUUCAUCACCGCAGAGCCUGAAGCUUUCAGAGCAUACUACUGAUAUGCACCGUAUUCUUUCCACCAGCUCACAACUUCCUUCUGAAGGACUGUUUCAAGGGAAAGUAAAUACAUUUACUGACGUGACUGUAAAAAACUUUACACCGGACGAAACUCAGGUCCUAGAAACUAUGCCAGAUCAGAAGCCACAAACGUCUUCAAUGUCUUCGAACGCUUGGAUUCGCAAUAAGAGGUCAAAGUUUUGGGAUAUUGUUUUCUCCGUAUCCUCACCUUCGGUAGCUUCGAAUUCUGUGGGUACAAAUGCACCUUUUUCUGCCUCGACAGUAACAAAGGCAUUAUCGCAAACGAAUAGGCUUUUAUCAGAAAAGGAUCCUGUCAACACAAGUGACUUGUAUCAAGAUGAGCGAGGUGUCUUGUAUCCGCCUAUCCUGCCUCAGGAAAACCUUAGUGAGGUAGGGGGGGAUUUGAAUCAAGUGAAUUUAAGUAAUGCGGCAACCUAUCGUGUCACCUCCGCUUCAAAAACAUCAGAAAGUGAUUUACGGUCUUCUGAUACAGUCUCUAAGGGUCCGUCAGAAGGGGCACAUAGUGGUCAUUCUACUAGGCCAAAAUACUCAUACAUUCGAAACCAACACAAGAAAAACGUAGCACUUCGUUUAGCCGAGUUGCUUAAUUGUGACCCUCGUUUGGGUUAUACCAUCCUUGAGAGGUUGUCAGAUGACAGUUUGCGCCUGCUUCUUGUCAUGGGUACCGCAAAUGAGUACUACGGCAAAGAUAGCUACGACAUUGUCAAGCAGGUGAAGGCAGCCGAUAAAGACUGUGAUAGCGCCAUUUCCGCUAAAGAGUACGAAGAGUGGGCUAUGAAAUCAUGGAAGUAUCGACAGCAUCAUUCAACUGUCGACACGGUGACAGAGGACGCUCUCACGGCAGGUGAUCAGAAGGAUCGUGAAAUACGAUCCCAAUCUAGUAUUUCUACUAAUAGUAAUGAAAUUAUCCUCGAUAGCAUCCAAAAAAAUCCGCCACGAAGUGACCCUGGUUAUAUCCCCUGGCCGAUUUACUUGCGUCUAUUGUUUAAUUUUUCUUUGCCUUUUAUGGCUUUUGGUAUAUUAGACAAUGCAACUUUAAUUAUCGCAAGUGAUGCGGUCGAACAUUCUUUAUUGGAAACGCUGAGUUUGACCGGUUUGGCGGCAGCAGGGGUGGGGGGAAUCAUUAGCGGUGUUGCGGGCAUUCAAGUUCACAGUUUGGCAGGGCGUUGGACUCGGAUCACGCCACCAAUACUUACUAAAGCGCAAUCUAUUAGCCGCAGUUAUGAGCGCUCAGCAAGUAUUGGAAACACAUUUGGGAUAAUCACAGGUCUGGUGAUCGGUAUGAUUCCGCUAUUAUUUAUUCGUGGCGACAGGGAUAACGAAGCCGAAGAUAACAACCGGUUGAGAAGGGAAGAAGAGCGGAUUCAAGAGAUAGAACGGGAGUUACACCAAGAAGAGUGUACUUGA